AAAGUUGUGUAUCCAACUUCACUUAUUUUGUUGCACUGCUUUUAUUUAUUUACCAUUUCAAGAGUUUGAAGGGGGAAACCGCAAAGUGACUGAUCCUGCUCUCCAAAACAAUGGCUGCCACCCAGGGACUGGAAGAAGAUGAAGGCUUUGUUUACAGGAUUAGCACCGCCCAGGAGUGGGAGGAGUUGCAGAGAACCCGCGCCACCUUUGGUGGAGAUCUUGACAAAUCAACUGGUUGCUUCCACCUCAGCAAGCUCCAUCAGGUCCAAUCAACUUUGCAAAAUUUUUUCUUGAAUGUUAAGGAAGACCUAUACCUACUCCAGAUUGAUGCUAAAAAGCUUGGAAAUGGUCUGAUUUAUGAAGCUGUGGACGAAUCCAAUGUAUUUCCCCAUUUCUAUGGUCCAUCUCGAAGUUUUAGUCCUCUUCCUCUAGAUGCUGUCGUGAAGGCUGAGAAGCUGACCAUCUCGGACGGCAAAUUUAAGUGCAGCUUGCUGGAUUGAAUUAUGUUUUUUUAGUUGUAAUAAGAGCUUCGGUUUUUACUUAAAGUUGUAGUUAUUCUGUAUUGUGUUGCUUUAUUCAUAUUCAGUUGUAUGAUAAAUAAAAAUGAUUUCAGAACGCAAGAUUUCUAGGGGAAGUAUUGUUUUAAGCA